GUUUGUUUUGUUUGGGUGGAUCAGCGGACAGCUCAACAUGACACAAAGUCACACUCCGCGGCCGUAAUUACCGCUUUUCCUUCGACUUACCUGCCGGCUCGGCUGAAAAUAAGAUGUUCUCUGAGGUUUUACACUACAGUUUAUCUCGGUAAAGGCAGAGAAGCGACUUCACCGUGAUUUCAUCCUGACCUGAGACACCUGUUGCUCCAGUUUCGACAGUCAGGUGCCACUUUCUUCAACACGGGAGCAACUCCGGGUCGAGAGACAACCGAAACUUGGAUUUAUCUCUUAAUUCUUCGUCCUAAUUUAUCUGAAUUUGUAUCUGGUAUCUAGUAUGAAAGUCACAGUGACUUUCGGGGACACCGCGGUGGUGGUUCCCUGUAAACCUGCCUGGACCGUUCGGGACUUAGUCGACCAAGCCACGCGGAGGUACCGCAGGAUUUUGGAGCAGGAUGGGGAGAGUGCAGUGAAAACCCACCACUUGGAGUACACUGAAGGAGGGAUCCUUGACAUGGACGACCUGCUGAGUGAUCUAGUGGAAGACAGAGACAAGCUGGUUGCUGUGUUCGAUGAAGGCCAGCGCAUGAGGACAGACAGUCCCAGAGAGACGGCGUCCAACGGCUACUCCAGCGCCGCCCCCAGUCCCGAACCACUCCACUACUAUCCCCAUCUGCAGUACCAGGAACCAGGCAGAGGAGAGAUUGAAGUCAACGAGGCUAUCCUCAAAGCCAAUACACCUUUGUUGGUGAGGAGCAGCAGUGACUCAGCCUUAGCCCCGCCCCAUGAGAAGACAGCCACGCCACCUGAUCACGGCAACAGUGGAACUCCUGAACUGGAAAUCAACCAUGUACUGAAAGAAGCUUUGGACCGACUGUGCACAGACGACCCCCCUGCUAAGAUGAACAAGGCUAACUUCAGCACCCUCACGAGGAUGGUGGAGUUUCCGGGCGACCGGGGGCCCCUGGGUAUCCAUGUGAUCCCCUACUGCUCCUCUCUCAGUGGACGGACCCUGGGCCUUCACAUUAAAGGCAUCGAGGAAAACAGCCGCUCCAAGAAGGAGAAUAUCUUCCAAGAGGAUGAGUGCAUCGUCCAAAUCAACGACACACCACUCCAGGACAAGACCUUCGCGCAGUCACAGGAAGUGUUCCGCCAGGCCAUGAGCUCCUCCACAGUCCGCCUGGAGGUCCUCCCCCUUGCCAACAAGCAGCGCUACGAGAAGAGCCUGAUAGGCCAACUUUUCACGGGUGACGGCAAAGACUCCCCCAUUAAAGGGAAGAGCCCAAUGGUAGUCCGCUCCAAAACCAACCCCCAGCCAGAACUCAAACCGAACGCCAAACUGGAAGCGAGGAGACCAGACACACGCGCCAAGACCCCCGAGCCGGGUGCAGUGAACGUGGCACCGCCUGAGCUCCAGCCCAAGCAUGGCUCCUUGGAAAGAGACUCUCCCACACCUUCCUCCCCGACACCUAGGACCCGAAGCCAGAGCCCCCUGGCCAGUAAGAGUCCUGCUGUGCCUGGUCUGGCGAACCUCACCAGCAAGAAGGCCGGCAAGCGGAUAAAGAUUGACCUGAAGAAAGGCACUGAGGGUCUGGGCUUCACCGUGGUAACCCGGGACUCCACAGUCCACGGGCCGGGGCCAAUCCUGGUGAAGAACAUCCUGCCACGAGGCGCAGCAAUCAAAGAUGGCCGCCUGCAGCCUGGAGACCGCAUCUUGGAGGUGAAUGGAGUUGACAUGACAGGCCGUAGCCAGGAGGAACUCGUGGCCAUGCUGCGCAGCACCAAGCAGGGAGAGAGCGUGUGUGUGGUGGUGGCACGGCAGGAGGACAUCUUCCUGCCGCGGGAGCUGAAAGGUGAGGAAGCCAGCAGUCUGGUGCUGGAGGACGGCAGGGAGCAGCUGAUGUACGAGAUCCCCCUCAACGAAACGGGUUCGGCCGGCCUCGGGGUCAGCCUGAAGGGCAACAAGUCCAGAGAGACAGGAGAAGAUUUGGGCAUCUUCAUCAAGUCCAUCAUCCACGGAGGGGCAGCUUAUAAGGACGGUCGUUUGAACAUUAAUGACCAGCUGAUAGCAGUAAACGGCGAGUCGCUGCUCGGACGUUCCAACCAUGCCGCCAUGGAGACGCUGAGGCGCUCCAUGUCGUCAGAGGGAAACGCCAGGGGCACCAUCCAGCUCGUGGUGCUGAGAGUGCCCAGACAGGUACAGCAGAUGGGAAGUGCCAACCCUGCCGCUUCAAACGUCUCCUCCUCCCAUCAAUCCAACCUCCAACCAGGCUCCAGCAAUCAGGAGCCCAGGGGCCAUGACGCAUACCAGAAGCCUUCAGGACCAUCUAGACCCCCAACCACAGAGCCCGCCUCCAACACUGCCAGUCACAUGCCAAUGACGACCAACAACUACUCGUACAGCAACUCUGGAAGUGCUCCAUAUCCCGCUGCGACUGCCAAUGGCAGCCGCGGUCACUACGGCAACGAGGAUGAGGAGCUGGAGGAAGGCGGCUUCCCCCCGCCACCCUCCCCCGGCGCUGUGGAGGAAAUGAACAGAGACUUGCGACUGACUCCCCCACACCAUAGUGAGCUUCAGGUGCCGUCCCACAUGGCUGCGGCUUUCUACAACAUCAACGACAAGGACAACGUACCACGCAACCGAGCGUCCAAGAGCAUGGACAUGGUGGCUGAUGAGAGCAACAUGGGAUCACUGGUCGAGCAGAGGAAUGAGCCUUCAGCCAGUGGCGCGCUGGGCCCGACCCUGGGCCUCUGGAAGUCCAGCUCCCUGGAGAGCCUCCAGACGGCUGUGUCGGAGGCCAAGCAGAGUCACAUCCAAGCCCAGGUGCCCUUUCAUCGCCCUCGGCCGCACAUGGUCCGGGGGCGGGGAUGCAACCAGAGCUUCCGAAACGCCAUUGACAAGUCCUACGAUGGACCUUCUGAAGAUGACGACGACCUGUCAGAGCAGAGCUCCGGUCACGACACGCCCGCCAGCAGUUCCUCUCGCCAGGGCCUGGACGCAGAGGACGGGAAGAAGAAGAAGAAAACCAAAGCAAAGAAAGAGAAGAAAGUCAAAGGGAAGAAGAAAUCAGAUGAUUCUGUGGAGGAUCUGGACAAGAAGACCAAAAAAAAAGGAUUCGGCCUCUUAAGGUUUGGCAAGAAGAAAGACGACAAGGGCAAGGACGCAGCAAAAUCAUCCAAAAGUAAGCUGGAGGCCCUGAGUGAAGAGGAACUGGACAGGAUCCCUGACAACAGAGAUGGCUACGAUCCGCGUUACGCUGAGAUCCACUCCGGCCACGCCACCCCGGACCCGGCCUCCCUCCCCGACGUGGAGGACGACGACAGCGACCCCAACUACGCCCGCAUCAACAACUUCCGCCAGCCUCCCUCGCCUCAGUCGUUCGUCAGCCGCACGCCCUCCCCCGCGGCGCAGAUAGUGGGUCCUAACCUGCCUCAGGCCUCCGCUGAGGAGCUGGAUGGGCUCUACGCCAAGGUCAACAAGUCCAGACCCCCGCCUGCUCUGCAGAACCAGCACCACGCACAAGCAGACAGUGAUCCACGUUUCCAGGGGUUGCGCAGGGAGUACCAGCAGGCCCGAGCCGCUCCAGUCUACGAGGAGCUAGACGCUGCGCGGCGCCGAGUUCUGGAGAACGACCCAAACCGGAUGGCACCAAGAGGAGCUGAAUACCGACCUGCGCACCGCUACGAAGAGACAGACCGCCAGUACCACACACAGCCCAGGAGGGAUCCGUACGAUUACCCCACCCACUCCAGGCCAGUGCCAAGAGAGUCAGCCCCCUACCCUGGCCGUGUACCGCUCCCCCAGUCGGGCACCCAGUCCCAGCAGAUGUCCACCCAUCCACGCUACUACCCUUCUUCUCCCCAUGCAGGACAGCAGCACCGCACAGCUGUAAGGCAGGACGUCCCCCCUUCCCCCACCGCGGGCCACAGGGGGCGCCACUACUACGAAGCCGUCGGGGGGCGAGCUGACGGCUACCGAGACGCCAGCCCCGGCCGCUUCGCCAGCCCGGAGAGGUACCCCGCUGCCAGGGAGCGCUAUACCAGCCCUGAGCGGUACAACUACAGAGACGAAAGACAGCCAGACCCAAGACGGAAGAACCCAGCGAUAGGUGCGGUAUGAAAGGUAGUCCCCCCAUCCAACCUCUAGAAAGAGGUGAACCUAGCUGCCAGCGUGGAUAAGUGUGAGUUCACCAUCAUAAUUUAUUUGAUCAGGACCCUGAAGGUAAGAAGUGACAAGCUGAGAGGCUAAAAUAGGGCUUAUUUUCAGAACCAUCUGGUCAUAGCUGUCGUCACAGGCCAAGGCAGAUUUAACAAGCAUUAAGAACUCAUACUUGGGUGUACAUAUAUAAUACACAUGUUUGCAACUGCUUGUAUAUAUUUGCAAAUGUGUCGAUAUACACGCUUACAGAUUAUACUAAGUGGAUCUUAUUUUGACAUAUCAUGUAGAAAUUGAAUUAAAUUAAGGGAAAUUAAAUUAAUUAUAUAAAUAUAUAGAUUAAACUUAGUGCCAUAUGUUGUAUAGAAUCAACUCUACUCCAGCAAACAGAGCAUGAAGGCAGUGCUGACUAGCAUUUUGCACAAGCUGAUCAAACUGAAGGAAAUAAAGAGGGAUCACCUUGACCGGCCAGACUGUGAUAACAGAUGAGACACGGGAAGCUGAAGUCGACAAACAGGAAAAGGAAGCAACACUUUUUGUCCUUGAUGUUUUGUCGCUUGAACUUCCUUUACAUCCUGCUAUCACACUUUGGGGGGGUUUUGUAUUUUUGCCUUUGAUUAUUUGGAUGUGGAUUUACUGUAUAUUUUAUAGCCAUAUGAAUUUAUUGCAAUAUAUGGUAUCUGUGCUAUUUUUGUGAUGCUUCAAAUAAAAUGUAUCCAUCUUGAUCCGCACACACUCUAAAAUCUUCAAACACCGUGCAGCUAAUUUAGAGUUUAAUAAUAUUAUCCUUUAAUAUAUCAUUGCUAAAAGUCACUGCACUGAAAUUCAUUAAAUGUGUCAAUGGUGGUUUGAGUUAAACAUGCUGUCAAAUACGUGCAUGAAUUUUUUUUUUUACACAAAUAUUUUGCAUUAAAUGUUUUGAAAUUCUCA